UGCCGAGCAGAAGCAGCUCCCUCCCAAGGCAGGAGGGUGUCCCACACGGAAGUCACCACUCCCGUUCACAUGAGACCUCAGGCAGAGGUGCUGGGGAAGCCGACCACCUCCUGCCAAAAAACCUCAGGAACCUCGCAGCCCGCUCCACCUGCAGCCUCCGCCACAGCACCGGCCUGACAAGACAGCUCCCGAGGGACCAGGAGGAGCCAAAGGAGAGCAGGUGGUGGGAAGAGAAAGACUUCACCAUGCAGGAUGAAAUUCUGUUGACCCCCUGGAGAAAUUUUCCCUUUGAAGACUCAGAUCCAUUUGCCUCUGCGGAUGAAGAGAAGUGGGAUUUCGUCCUCGUGAGCGACAUCCACGAAGUGGGCAGCACGAAGGAGAUCAAGAGGAAGAAGUUCCUGGAUGAGCUGAGCAAGAAGGGGUUCGCCAUCAAGAAAAUUGAGGACAAGAAGCUAUUUUAUGGGGUCCGUGCCCCGAAACAUAUCUUCCGGAAAUACCAGUGGCUCCUGAGGAACCCUCAGGACAGCCGGCUGCAAGACUCCGAUGCCCAUCAUGACAUACCAGUGACGACCAGGAUACGGAUUGUGAACUUCAUCUUGCAGAACACGGUCACACCUGACCUCGAGAAGCUGCGUGACCUGAUAAAGAAGAACGUUUUUGAGGCAAUGUUUCCACUGCAUGAGAAAGAAGAGGUAAGAGAAUUCCUAAAGGAGAAGUGGGCUCGCUGGAGAGAUAUAUUUUGCCAACAGCCGAUUGAGAAGAUCAGGUGCUAUUUUGGUGAGAAGGUGGCCCUGUACUUUGCCUGGCUUGGCUGGUACACCUACCUGCUGGGGUUCGCUGCGUUGAUGGGCCUGGUGGUCUUUGUGGCUGGGAUUACUGUUUUCAACUCCAGCCAGGUGAGCAAGGAGAUCUGCGAAGCCAAUAACACCAUCAUGUGCCCACUCUGCGACCAGAAGUGCCCGUUCUGGCUGCUCUCUGACACCUGCACCUAUGCCAGGGUCACUCACAUGAUUGACAACGAGGGGACAGUUAUAUUUGCCAUGUUCAUGGCCAUCUGGGCCACCGUGUUCCUGGAGCUGUGGAAGAGGCAGAGAGCCACCGUGGUCACCAACUGGGACCUGUACAUGUGGGAUGAGGAUGAGGAAGAGCUGGCUUUGGAGCUGAUCAAUAAUUUGCAGCACGAACCUCGGCGGUACCAGCACUCCUACUUGCGCAGCACCAUCGUCCUCAUCUUGGCUCUGGUCAUGAUUGCUGUGCUGAUCGGCAUUGCCCACGCGCUCGUCAUUUACCGGGUGGUCGCGACGGCUUUCUUCACCCAGAGCGACUUUGAAUUCCUCCGCGAGCAGGCCAACACGGUGGCCGUGAUGACAGGGGCUGUGCUGCACUACCUCUCCAUCAUCACCAUGACCAAGGUCAACAGGCAUGUGGCCCUCUUUCUCUGUGACCUGGAGAAACCACGGACCUUCUCCCAGCGUGAGAACAACUUCACCAUAAAGUUCUUCAUCUUCCAGUUCUUCACAAACUUCUCCUCACUCAUCUACAUCGCGUUCUUCCUGGGGCGGAUCAACGGCCACCCAGGGAACUACGUGCGCAUCGCUGGCAAGUGGAGGCUGGAGGAGUGCCACCCCAGCGGCUGCAUCACCGACCUCUUCAUCCAGAUGGCCAUCAUCAUGAUGCUCAAGCAGACCAUCAGCAAUCUCGUGGAGUUCCUCGUCCCCUGGAUAGGCCACAAAAUACGCUCUAGGCAGAAGCGCCCCAAGAAGAGAAACAUGGUAGUGGGAGAAGAGGAAGAGCCUGAGGACCCCUGCAAAAAGCAGUGGCUGAGCAACUAUCAGCUCAGCAAGGUCAACAUCUUCAGCUUGUUUGAUGAGUUCUUGGAGAUGGUGAUCCAGUACAGCUUCACCACCAUUUUUGUGGCUGCCUUUCCCCUCGCCCCACUGCUGGCUUUCUGCAACAACCUCUUCGAGAUCCGUCUGGAUGCCAUCAAGAUGAUGCGGCUGCGCCGGCGCAUGGUGCCCAGGAAGGCCAAUGACAUCGGAAUCUGGCUGCAGGUCCUGGAGGCCAUUGGCAUCCUGGCUGUCAUCGGGAACGGACUUGUGAUUGCCAUCACGUCUGACUUCAUCCCUGUGCAGGUCUACAAGUACACGUACAGCCCCUGCAUGACGAAAAACAGCACUGCUGUGGACUGCCUGACCGGCUACAUCAACCACAGCCUCUCCGUCUUCCGCAUCCAGGACUUCGAGCACCACACAAAGCUGGCCGAAAAUCAGACAGACAUCAUCUGGGACAAGAUCACAGAGUGCAGGUACCGGGAUUACAGGAAUGCCGACGACUACAGCUACACCGUCCAGUUCUGGCACGUCUUCGCAGCCCGGCUUGCCUUCCUCAUCCUCUUUGAGCACGUGGCUCUGUGUGUCAAGCUGAUCGCAGCCUGGUACGUCCCCGAUGUGCCCCAGUCAGUUAAGAAUCACGUUCUGGAUGAGAAACACAGCAACCUUCGGAAAGAACUGAGCAUGAUGGAGUACUCCACUGAGGUGUAGCCUCCUCGCACUGCAGAGAGCAAGAAGCACGGACCUGAGCCCCUCUCCCCAGCCCGGCAGUGCCACAAGCACCGGAGGAACCACCACAGCACCGCUGGCAGAGACAGGCCACGUUCCCCCAACCUUGGACUUGAGCUGGGGAGUGACAAGGUGACGGCAGCUUCACAGAGCAGGAUGUUUUAUGACUUGCACAGCCAUGAGGAGGAAGAAAGUCUCAGUAGAGACAGGAAUGCUACCUGGGACACGGGCUGGGCGAGCGUGCUGCUGGUCUGCAGGAGGUGAUCGAGCUUCCCCAUCAGUCAUCGCCUUCACAUGCCACACAGCCUCGCAGGAAAAGGCAGCUACUUCAGUCCACAUUCCCUCUCACUCCUUGGCACCUUUUUCCUCUACCUUCAGUGACCUCCCUGCUCCUGUACCGUCAAGAAAAUUCAGUCCUUCCUCUCUCACACCAGCCAGCACAAUGCUCCUCUCGGCACAACUACCAUGUGGCUGCAACUCCAGCCCAGCACUUUCACAGGCUGGAAAAACAAACUCGUUAGCCUGAGUGGCUUUUGUAGUGGGCCCUGCCAAGUCACUGCACCUGCUCUGACUCGAUUACAUUCCCACCUCAGCUAGAAUGAGAGAAUGGUGAAUAAACACACUAACCACGCAGGUGCAAGCAGCCUCAUCUUCAGCUGCCAUGAGUCACUGUAGUCACACUGGAACCAUUCCCCCCUCCCCUCCUUUGCCAUCCACAUCACCCAAAGGAAUUGUCUACUCCACCCCCUCUUUUCUUCAUGUGGGUAAUCAAAAAAGGGCUGGAGCUGGACCACUUGUACCUAGCUCAGCAUUAGGGCUGGGGGAGAGGUGCUGGCUAGUGACAGGAUUAAAAGAAGUUGGUGCUUUGACCAUGCAUAGUGGGAAAAAAAAAUAAAUAAUUUGCUAGGGUAACAAAACAGCAUUAAGCUACACAGAAAAUCCAGAGUCACAGGGCUAGAAAGGGUUAUUUCUUGCUGCAAAACAGGCCCACUAGCCUAAACACAAGCCCUGCCAGCCUGAUAUUUCUUCCCCUCUUCCCUUACAGCUCUCCCUUCUACCUACAAACACAAGGGGGUUUUGUCUGUAGCAGAGCAGGGGCUACGUGCCACAGCUGGUCUGGUGUCACAGCCAUCACUGUGGAUUUUCAAAUAUUUAUUUCCAGUCUCUUUGCUUUGCUUACUGCCAGGCCUACCUGAAGAUUUACCAACUCAAGGUAGAGCUAUUUGCCUGAAAGGAACGAUGUGUUUGUUUGGCACUACACAGAAAUGAGAAUGUGCCCUCAAAUGUGGGAUCCUUCACUCAACGUUGGGUGCAGAAACAGCCUUUUGAUGCCUCUUGCCAUGUUAGACCUGUGUGCGGCAGCCUUGCUGAGUUGGGUUGGUAAACACAGGGAAACAAAUUUUCUCUCUCUUUUUUUUUUUUUUUCCUAACUUUGAUCCAUGAGGAAGACAGGAGCACAGGCUGGGGCGUUAUAGCUCAGUUUCCAGUUUUGUCAUGGUCCCUGUAAGCUCUGGGAAAAUCCACCGGGGAGUUUUAAAGCUGACCUCUGAAUUUUAGGGUCUUUUUCUUUAUGAGAACUGAAAACUUUUAACCAGUUUUGAAGUUUAACCUUCAGCUCCACACUUUCAUUAUCUCCUCUGUAAAAUGGAAAUACAAACCUCAGGUGAAUUGUGGGAAUGAACUCAAUAAAACGUGGGAGCUACAUGGGUAA